AUGCGCGACAACCGGAUUCGGCCUAGCUCCGAGAUCUUCUCCGUUGGUGAGGUCACCGGCAUGGUCGUCGCGGGCGUCACGAGCAUGCGAGCCGCAUGGCUGUUCCUCCGCAUGUUCUUCGAAAGUGGAAGCGACGGGCGGUUCAAGUUCCUGUGGCCCCUUUCCUUCGACUUUAUCGGGCUACUGUACUCGCCGACCUUCAUCGUUUAUCCGGACAAUAUGUUCCCCGUGUACUGCCGACCGGACGGUCGAGAACCACGACUGGGUGACAUCCUCACUCCGGCAUUCAAGAACAUUCAUACGUCGAACGAAUCGCCAACGCACUAA